AUGCCAAACAUCAUUCCCACCCUAGAUUGCCUACCCGUGGAAGUCCAACAGCUGAUUUGCCUGUGUGUCAUCAAUAACUCGUGGCAUGAUUUGGCCGCUCUAAGUCAAACAUGCCAAGGUUGGCAUGAUCUCGCAGCUGCGGAACUCUACCGUAAUCUUCAAGUUACAUUCUUCAACCACACAGAUCUUCUCAAUGCCAUGUCUGAGCUUCACACCAAUGGCCUUGGUCGCCAGUACCUACAGUAUGCACGAACCUUCGAACUUGUUUAUGUUGAGAAGCCAUAG